GCCGGCCCGUGCGUGCGGAGCUGGGGCGCCAUUCCUCGUCGGCCUGAGAAGUUUGUCUUGUAAACAAAAAGCCCGCCGUUUCUCAUAUCAUAGAUAUGUGGGAGAAACGCCCGCGGUGAGAGUCUUAGAUCUCAUUGGAUCACUGGGAACCUCACCGUGCACCGGUCAAGGUCACGCUGAAGGUUGCAGGAAGAACAUUGACGGGUGCGUUCAGCAUGACCCUGGCCGGUGAUAUGAACAAGAGGAAUUUCAUUUUCGCCACCAAGUCGACACCGGGCUGCGAGGCAUACUUGGAACUCAGCCUAACAUGAGUCGAUCUUGACGAGAACAGUAACGACGGGAGAACGUCUCGCCAACGGAACCCUUGAGGAGGACGCUAUAGACAAACAGCCACGGGAAGGGCGGAUUUCUUGUCCAGAUACGUCAGGAACCACCGGCAAGCUGAGUUACAUAGAGUUGAUGCCUCGCUCCCAUGGGAGUUAUGACGUGGAGGGAGCUACCAGCGGGGGUCCCGGGCCCGUGCCUGAGGAGGUGCCGGUAAGGCACGGCCGCCGGAGAUGCCUGUGGAUCAGCCUCGUCACCGUCCUGAUCAUCCUGUGUGUUGCCGCCAUCGUGUUAGGGGUAUGGUUCGGCCUUAACAGUACAAGUGGUGCAGCGGCCGCGGCCACAUCAACAAAUUGCACUGAAGGAUGCACAACAACCGCCGUCUCAUCAGUUGCAGCCGCCAACGUCACCAGCGAAACAACAAUCUCACCUCUUCCAAACAACGCCACAGAGACAACGCCAAGACCUACAACCACCCCACCCACGACACCGCCCAUCCUAACAACCACGUACCCGGCAGCUACAACCACGGUGACCACGACGCGACCAUCCACAGCCAUGGUUGCCGUACCAGUAACAACAGACAUGCAACAGACCACGGCAGAAGGCACCACCACCGAGGUCGCUACAACCGAAGAGGCAAGCACAUUACAACCGAACACCACAACUCCAGAACAACCGACAACUUCACCCACGCUGACAACAGAAUUGGCAGCUUCCACCGCCGCCGGUACCACAGUCGGUGCCGUGGCGACCACUGCAUCAGUCACCACGGCCGCCCCGACAACAGAAGUACCACAGACGACGCAAACCACAGCUGAGGGACCUACCGAUGUACCGUCAACAGCCGCGACAAUGGUACCUACCACGGUUGGUCAGACGACACGAUCUACUCCAGCGGUACCCGUCACAACAACGGUACCACCGCCAGUUCUUACGACAUAAUAAUGGACUGUCCGGUAGUCUUACUCUUAGUAGCAUUUCGAAAGAUAUCUUGUGCAAAUUGCGUAGUCUCUAUUUUUCACUCGCAUAGGCUGUCAUUUGCAUCUAUCGGUGCCAAUUUUGAUAAUGCAAUGGUGUGUAUGAGAACUGCACUUCAAACAGUGUGCAUAUGAUGCAGAUUUAGAUGACUUCAAGUAGAAUAACUGUAGGUUACCGCAGUCAAGGUGCAAUCUUUUUUUUAGAUUUUAGGGUGUAAUACUCAAGAGCAUACAAUGAAUGAACAACGAAGACGUUUCUCCUAAAGUAUGGCGUUUAUUUAGGACUUUGUAAAGCAUAGAAUGUCAAAUAGUAUGAUAAUACUUUGAUAUCAAUUUUUCGAAGCAGAUGCAGGCAUGAUUUUUUUUUUCAUACUGAAUACUGAUAGCACUGUAUGUAUAUAUGUUUGGCUUCCGAAAGAGAGAAAUAGACAAAUAAACUCUUUGUAAUGACAUAGCAUGGUCAAUAUCUUUGUUCUGUUCAAAGAGCUUCUUUUGACGAAGAAUCACAAGAAUGAACUGGCAGAACAAUUCAGUACAAGUACUGAAUAUUUAAAUUUGCAUACGAUCCUUAUGAGUUACUUGCAUGCGACCUUUCUGACUUUGGAGGUGACUUUGACAUGUUCAAUCGGUUUUUCUAGUUAGAUGUACUUGUAUUGCAUUGUACCGCCGGUUCAUACUAGUGACGCUAAAGGUGAGUGAUGGAUGUCACUCCAAAUGUCCGGAAAUGAUUUCUCAGUUUUUUAUCUAAUUAUCGUUUUAGUGAUUUAAUUGUAUUUGAAUAUUGUUAAACUGAAUGUAUGACAAAGAUAAACGCAUAAAAGACCAUUUAUGUUUGUUAAUAGAUGGAGUGUAACAAUGAUUAAAUCUGAAUCAAAGUAAUUUUUCUGGGCAAGGACAAUAGACUCACAAUACAUACAAUAUAAUUUAGCCCAUUGACCACGCGAACCCCUGACCCUUCUAACUGAUCGUAUCACUUCCAUCCAUCCAUCCUGUUGAUGUUAUCUAUGCAAGACCGCCGGUGAUGGUGCGGAGCAUAACAAAAUCGAUAUUUGGAGUGAUGGGUUGGGUCACUGAAAUCCAAGAUGGCGGAUGAAGACACGACAGAGAAGCCUUCAGAUUCAGCCGCAGACGACAUCAAAGAUCCUCCAGUGCAGCCUGUGCAGGAAGAAGAGGUCGGAGAACCGAAGGGGAGACGAGCCGACAGCAUUCAGGUGGACACCGUCGAUGGGCCCGAAGAAUCUGUGGGAGUCUCCGGUGGGAAGUCCUCGGCAUGCUGUGGAGGCUGUCCGGUCCUGACUGUCAUCGUUCUAGGGAUUCUGGUCGGAAACGCCUUCGGGCUUCUUCUCAUCUACCAGAGAUUCUACGCAGUGAAGGGUUCCCCCGUCAAGACUUCUCAAAUCAAAGCGUCUCUACCGCCAAGCGUGGCGCCACCAGCCAAUCAGCGUCGUCGCUCCGUCUUAGAGGGCUUAACGCAGGAAGUUGACAAGCCGAAGAUGACGCCAUCACCUCUUCGAGAAGAGGACGACAGACCACAUCGUAUCCGAAGAAUGCCGAUGAAAAACGACACUGAAAUACAGCUGACACCAUUUUCGGAAGCAAAGAGGAAAAAUAUAGAGACAGUGGGAGAUGCCAAGAGGCUACCAUUUAAGAUCAAACGUAAGACUUCACUAAAAGGGUCAAAAUUCCAAUUCAGGAAGAAAAAUGCUCUACAAUAGGACACCCAAUUCAUAACUGACUAUAUUAAACGCAUGUCAAUAAAGACGCUCUCUGUCGAUUUAUGAAUAAAUAUAGAUAUAUCAGUCAAAUGAAAUAAAUUUGUCUAUAAAUCAAAUAAUCUACAGACCUAUUGCAUGCCAGUAGAUCCAUAGACAUUGUAUAAAUACAUUACUAUGUCAAUGACUGCAUGAAAGGUUUCUUAUACAUUUUGUAUACAAGAAUUUAACUUCACAGAAGGAAUCCAAAGUUAUCAAGGGAGGAAUCCAGAGUUGUGUGUUGUAUGUAUCAAGAGGGCACAUGAGAAAAAUUACCAUGAUUUCAUUUAUUGUAGCUGCCAUUUCUAUGCAAUCGUCAGUGUGUUACUUCGACUAGAGCAGACUUAUAUCUUAUGUCUUACGUAUACCGCAAGAUACAUAUAUAUAUAUAUAUAUAUAUACAUAUAUAUAUAUAUUAAAUGUCAUCAUUCAUAUAAUAAAUAUAACACACAGCUAUCAAGCGUUCCCAAAGUGUCAAUGACUUCAUGUAUCAUUAAAUAUCGCAAAGGAAAAUAGAA